GGUCGCCAGAACAACGUGGCUGUCUAGUCGGGUAAAGUAUGACAACAUCUCCCGUUACUAACGGUUCUGAAGUAAUAAUGGCAAUAAAACCAGAGCUCAAUGUGGUCGCAAGUGGGACAACAGAAAGUGAAAGUGCAAAUACAAAGGCAAUUGGCAAGAUAUCAGGGACAGACUUCGAGUAUUGGAUAUGCAAAGAUAAAGUAGUCAUUGGUCGAAACAGUAGUCACGGCAAAGUCGAUGUUAACAUCGGUUUAUCAUCCUAUGUUUCUCGAAAACAUCUUCAAAUUACAUACACACGCAAUAGGUUCUUUCUACAGUGCAUUGGGAAAAAUGGCGUGUUUGUUGACGGUCAGUUUCAGCGUUUGAAUGCCGAACCUUUUCCAUUAGACAACGCAUGUAUUAUCCGAUUCCCAAGCACAAGUAUACAGCUUGCAUUCAGUCCUUUCCCCCCUGAUACAAAUCGUAAUGGUAGCACACAGAGUAACAAGGACACCCCCCCACAAGACAUCGCAAGCGCAAGUGAUAAAAAAGUUCCCGAACUCCCCAUCAAGAAAUCUCCAAUUUAUGUUCCUGGAAACCUUGGUAAAGAAACCCCUCCAAAUAUUAACCCUAACCAACAUUUCAAAUACGUUCUGCCACGAGAUGUGAGAGGAUUCCUCAGCGCUCCACCUUCGCCAACUGGAACAAUCAGCGCUGUAAACUCGUGCCCAUCCAGUCCACGCCCAUCGCACAUGAGGAACCAAAACAAUAACGUGACAGAAAAUCUGAACGCAGCUGCAACGGCAAUUGCUGCUUCUGUAGGUGACAUCCCAUCAGACAAAACACCCCAACAAGACCCAGUCGAUUCCAAGCCCCCUUAUUCAUACGCACAACUUAUCAUACAAGCGAUAUCAUCUGCUCCACACCGCCAGUUGACUCUAAGUGGUAUCUAUGCUCAUAUAACGAAGAACUAUCCAUACUAUCGAACUGCUGAUAAAGGGUGGCAGAACUCUAUCCGACAUAAUUUGUCGCUGAAUCGUUACUUUGUUAAAGUUCCUCGUUCGCAAGAAGAAUCGGGGAAAGGUUCGUUUUGGAAAGUUGAUCCGGCGUCCGAACGUAAACUCGUCGAGCAGGCUUGGAGAAAAAGAAGGCAGCGAUCGGUGCCGUGUUUCUGUGCACCGUUGACUUCCACAAUAUCAACUGUUACAAGAUCUGCUCCAGUUUCCCCCGAACACCCGAACACAGCAUCCCCCCCCACGCAUGUUACAUCAUCACAGGAAAGCGACAACGGGUGUCUGCAUCCCGUCGAGAAUAAUUCUAAGAUCCAUUUCCUUCAUUUGCCAAACAGGUAUGCCCAGUCUGCGCCAGGUUCCCCUUCCAAUGGAACAGCCAUAAGUAUGUCGUCAACAACAAACAGUGAGAUCUUACAACAUCAUACAACAGCUAUCACUCAACCUACUGCUAAGAUGGUGUGGCCAGUUCAAACUCAAGGAUCUCAUGUAAAUGCUAAAGUAGCGAUUGAGAAAGACUACCAGAGUGGGAUUAUAUAUCAUAACGACGCAACGCAAUUUCAUGCACCAGGCAUGGAAGUUCCUAAACAAUUGUCCAUAGUAAUGCAGCCACCAACCCAACCAAACCAAUCUUUAAGCCAGCUAACGCCACAGCAGUUUCAACAACAAGUAGUGAUGGUAACCGGGAGCCAAACACAAGGAGUUCCACUUAACAUUGGAACUAUCGUGGCUUCACCAAACACAGUUGUUGCAUCGGGAGGGGUUCCAUUUAUGGUCCCAGGAAACCCACAAUUUAUGAUGAAAAGACCUGCUGAGACAACUCCUAUUACAACUCACAAAAAAGCGAAGACUGACAUUGAUCAGUCUGGAGAAGAUGGUUCAUCCGGACAUUAACUUUAAAGGAGAGUUUAAACCAACGUGUAAAAAGUCUCAAAUAUUGCUGAAAAAAUCAUCUGGCAACACUGAGACAAUAAAGUGCAGCACUGGGUUCCAGUAACUGAUGUUGUUGAAGUGAGAAUCUCACCUGCGUUGCCUGCAUUGCUACACAUUCUAAUAUCCAUGCUGUCAAUUCUCAGCCUGUUUAAAAUGAAGUUGCUUUUUGUUUGCAUGCCUUUAUGCAAGUGCAGAUCUGUAUGCCCCAUUGCAACUGAAAUAAUAUAUGGGUGUUUUUAUUCUUGCAUUUCAGGAAUAUUUUGGAUCCAUUUGUCGUUUUGUUAUUUCACUUCUUAAGAGUUUCCAUAGUUGCUUUACAUUUUGUAAUGUGACAAGAUUAUUGUGUUUCAAUUUCCGUAAGGUUCUUAAGUUGUGAUGGUGCUUGAACCGACUGGCUUCAUGUUAAUUUGCCAACCGGAUUGUUUUCAUGUUAAUAUUCUAUCUGAACUGAAACCUCAUUUCUAAACGGAUUCUUUUGUAUGGAAUGCCCCCGUUUUAAAUGUUUUUGAAUUACUUUUAGCAUUAUGUGUGUCAAGCUGUAAAUACAGAAAACCUUGUACAGCUUG